AUGCUUCUACCCAGCGAGUUUCUCAUCUUUAUAAUUCUUUCCGCAAUCCUCGCCAUAUUCUUCUUGCUCUACUUCAACCGACUGUUCGGCUCCAUCGUGUCCUAUGGCAUCAGGACUUGGACUUGGCACCGAUACCGCAUAUAUCUCGACAUCCAGGCUCUUCAGGUCUCGCUUUUAGCCGGGCGAGUUUUUUUUACCGGCUUGCGAUAUCACGGCUCGAACGAAACAUUCUUUAUCCAACAUGGAGACAUCACAUGGCGAUACUGGCUGCGCCGCGUAAGAGAGGCCGACAUAUUCGCGUCGAAGGCAAAAGGAAACGAAGCAUCAGAAAGAGAUAGGAAUUCUCAUUUACCAUGCCGUAUAAAUGUGAACCUUGUCGGCCUGGAGUGGUUUGUCUACAACCGCAGCCCGGCAUACGACUCGGUUCUUGCCGGCAUCAUCGACCCAACUUCAUCUGGCGCAAGCUCAAGCACCGGGGCGUUCGAUGAAAAAGGUGACACAGGUUUACGAUCGCGAAAUACAACCCAUGAGGAUUCGUCCGAACGAGCUCCCAUAUCCCGAGAGAAGAGCAACAAUAAACCGCUGAAUGGAAAUGGAAGUCGACCUAGCACCGGCUCGAAUAGCGGUAGUAACGAGGAAAGCGAAGAUGACGAAACGGAAGGACUGCCUUUCAUCCUCAAACUAUUCCCUAUUCAAAUAGAAUGCCAGAAGGCCGCGGCGGUGUUCGGAAAUGACAACACAAAGGCAAUUCUCAUCGUCAAGGCCGAUUCUCUCUUUGGAGACGUUGAUGCCACAGAGACAAAGACUGUGGAUCAGUACAGACAGGUGUUCAAGAUAGAACUGGAGCAUCCCGUGAUAGAAAUGCUGGACAACCUAGAUUUUAAAGAAGAUCAGGCGACACGUGCUAAACGGGAGCGGGAGAGCGUUCCUCAAGAACCACAACCUGUCCCAAGGAAGUCGUAUUUCCGCCAGCAAAGACGCAAGGCGCUUAGUUCCCUGCGAAACUUGGUGCCGUACUGGCGGAGGUCUGUCGAGUCAUUCUCAAGCGACGCUCGAGCUGGAGGGGGGGUUGUGUCCGCCCACGUCCCUGGAGUUGUCCAAUGGCAAGGUCUAUCACGAUAUCUCGACGAUCAGGACAUGGAUGAUAAAACUCGCUGGUCCCCCGUUGAGUAUGCUGCUGUUUCGACCAUUCUUGACAGCCCUGCAUGCUUCUUGACUGUAUACUGGGAUGCUGUCGGCAAGGUAACCGAAGAAGCUCAUCGCCAGAGGCGAAUGGAUCCGUCGUUAAACAUCAACGGUUCGGAGCCACCAGCAUGGGGAGUGCAGCUAUCGGUGAAAGGGGGGACGAUGAACUACGGACCGUGGGCCGACAGGCAAAGAGCUGAUCUACAGCGUGUUUUUGUGCCCUCGCUGUCCAAAGAUGGCAGCGCUACCGGGCCACUCCCAGUUGGUGCAUGGCGAGUGCCUACGCAGUUUGAUCUGCUGGUAGAAUUGGAAGAUACAGUCACGCUGCGCAUCCCUAUAAGGGAGGAGUCUAAAAACUGGCGUUGGCGUGGUAAAGAGACCAUGGUCAAGCCGGAUACGGCUCGCAAUACGCGCAAGCAUCGGGCCAGAGGCAAGAAAAAUUCCAAAAGCGAAGCAGUCCAGCCUCGCCCUGCCGGCUGGCUCGAAUUCAAGCUUCCCCAAAAUUCCACCAUCAGAUAUUUCAUGGACAUGGUUGCAAAUUCGGCUGGGUUUAAAAACAAGUUGAACGUCCAUUUGCCGACUUCUGAGUUGUGGAGCAGUGUCAAUCAUGAUUUGCUCUGGCGAUCUGGUGCUCUGAAAAUUUCAUGCGAUCUUUCUAACCCUCUUUCAUGGAACACACUACGUAACUGGCAUUUUAACCUGACUUUCGAUGGCAUGGAUAUGUAUCUCUUGCGAGAUCACAUCUUUCUGAUUGUCGAUUUGGUUGACGACUGGGCGGCAGGGCCUCCUGCUGAAUACCUGGUCUUCACACCUUUUCUGUAUCACCUCCACCUCAGCUUGCAAAACGUCAAGAUAUUUCUCAAUGUCAACGAUGGGAACAUUAUCGAUAAAGCAACUGCAAUGGACGAAAAUUCAUAUCUCAUUCUUUCUAGUCCGGAACUGAAAGCUGAAACUUGUAUACCCCUCGAUAAGUUUCGACCAAGCACAAACAGUAUUCCUUUCGAUGUACGAGCGGACACUCUUGACUUGGCACUUCAUGCCUCUCAGUCCAGCACCCAAGCGACCUUUGUGAAAUCUAAGGAACUAGGCCAUAUUGAGGGCCUGGGGGUGAACGGAAGUUAUCACUACAACGCUACGACUUCUCCUGCGAAUACGGAUACUUUGGUCUUGAAUGUCCACGCACAAUCACCGUGCGUUUACCUCUACGGGUUCCUGGUCCGAUACGUUAUGGUACUUAAGGAUAAUUAUUUCGGCGAAAACGUCCAUUUUAAAACUCAGGAUGAAUAUCAGGAGCAACUGCAGGCCAAGAUACAAAAUCCGGAUGCCGAGAUGGUAGCUGUCCGCCCCCCACCCAAAAAGUCCAAUGACCUUGAUGUGAUUUUGGCUAUCAAACUGGACGACCCUCGCCUGUUGGUUCCUACGAAUAUUUACUCUGCCAAACGUUAUUUGCAGGGCGAACUGGCCUCUCUGUCUCUGGACCUGCGUUUUACAAACUACUAUAUGGAUAUGGACCUUGAUCUAAGCCCCUUGAGCCUGUCCCUGGGCAGCUCAGAUAACAAUUUGGAUUCUCCCAGUGUGUCGUCUUCCAACACACAGCUGUUUAUUGAUGGCAUUCGGGUGUAUGGCCACCGCACAUUUGGUCUACCUCCAUCGGAGCCGACAUACCUUUGUAACUGGGAUGUUUCUGUAGGCACUGUUGCCGGGGAAUGCACACCCGAUUUUGUGGCGGCAUUAACCAAAGCAGGGCCAGCAUUUGGCUUUACGUUUGAUGAUGUUGAGAAUGCCCUUGUUCCCUACUCGUCUCUAAUCUUCUACGACGUAACAUUUGUCCGUGUUGUCGUCCAAUCAAUCCGCCUUUGGAUACACGUUGAAGAGAGCGUUUUCUGCUUCUCCACGGAUACUAUCGACAUCAAUAGCAAUGAUUGGGCCCAGUCACAUUAUUCUAAGCGGGCAAAUGUGCUCAUACCGAAUAUUCAAUUCUCGUGCAUAAAUGCGGAGUCUGCGGCGAGGCACAAAUCACGUCCUCAGCACCCUGUUGAAACCCAAGCAUAUCUGAAGACAGAUGUUCGACUUGCCGCUAUUGGAAGGAAGUUCCAUUUCUCGGAGGAGCGCAAAAUCCAGCAAGACCUAAUCUACCGUGAGGAUCAGCGAACUGACCGAACACCAUUUCUAGUUCUUCCUGGCACAGGUGGUGAUUUUAUCCCCGAGCCGGUCGAUCCUCCUGCGCAGUGCAUGCCACCACCUCCACCACCCCUCGCUGAAGCUGAAUAUGACAGGAUCUCGGCUCCGAGUACAGCGAGCUCCCGCUCGCGGAGAGUGACUCGCCAAAAGUCAUUUGUGUCUUUCGCCAGCACUUCGAGUAGCAGCAGCUUCCGUCUCAACAGUCCCCGCACGAUGCGUAGGCCAUCGAGAUUUGGAGACAGUUUUACUGUUGGAGACUUUUCAGCACAUGAAAACCCUGAGCAGUCGGCUAUUGCUUUCUCGAGCCAAUAUUUCACACCAAAUUUCCCCCUAGAGGGCGUCAGACCGAAUUCUCGAGACGCGACUUUCUCACCCAUUGAUCGUGAAGAUAUGGACUUUUUUAAUAGAUUGAAAAAGGACUUGAACGAUAUUGAUCCCGCUGAUCUGAGUGAAAAUCACGCGCAGUCAAGCACCAUUAUCGAGUUUCCCUCCGGAAUAAGCGCCUUUGUUACACCUGAAGCUGUUCGACAUGUAACUAUUCUGCUGGGCGCCCUGCAACCAACCGAGCCCGAAGAUGUGUUAGAUUCUCUCCAAUCCAGCGCCAUUACGGACAUUUUCAAAUCUAAAAAGGAGGCGAGCAUUAGCGGGGAAAUGACUGAUAUUAUGGUCAAGGUACCCAGGAUCAACGUUCGGUUUCUCAACUCAUCAACAUUGGAUUCGCCGGAUCCUUCUGAGGAAGAGUUAGAUCAGUAUGAUUUGACGAUUUCCAAGGUCUCCCUUGUGACUCGAACUACAAAAGAGCAGGGUGUCGUCAACUCUAGGACCUCGCUAGAUCUACGUCUAGGCUCCAUCGAGAUGUCUGCCUCUGAGCGCCUUUCAUCCGUUCAGAAACCACAAGCGGCUGUGGUGCUGCAAAUAGAUGGCGUUAGAGUCUCUUUGGGAGCUAAAGAAAUUACGUAUUUCGAUGCCGAUAUUGGUUCAAUCGCUGGAAGAACCGCAUCUGGCAAGAUUGAAUAUCUGGCUUCUUUGAUCCAUCGCACGGGAAUUGUUGCUACAGAGCUAGAGCGGCUGCUGACAGAAGUCAAUGAGCACCAUUCUACCUGCGUCAAAUACUUUGUUCUACGUCUCUUGCAGGUAGGGGAGGCGACAAACGACCCUGCUUUCCUUAUAAGGCCUUCGGCUGUUCUCAGAUCUGCACAUCAGCACCUGAGAACGACUGAUUCCUGGAAGAUGAUAACGCGACUUCGCCAAAUUUGGGACACUAAGAAUGAAAUAGAAAAAGCUCGCCUGAUACAAGAAUGUUGGGGUCAAUCGCCGACACUCCCACCCGACGCAGCUCAGCGCGUAGUGAGCUCUUUCGAGAAGUGGAGAAACUGGGAUUUGGGAAAUGUUUCAAGUACUAUCCUAUUAAAGAAAAUCUUUGGCGAUGUUAAACUCGACGACGAAGGAGACGAAAUAUUAUAUCCUCUCCUUGGUGCCUGCAAACUUGGCAAGAUCUGCCUUGUACUUGAUCCAGGACCUAAAGAAAACAAAAUUGGCUUUGUCGAUCUCACUGCAAGAGUCGAGAGAAAACUGGGCGACCCUGCCACCACCGUUUUAGGGACUACUCCUGUAACUGUGUUGAACAUAUGCUGCGGCAAUGCCUCGGUCAACUUGAACUGGGAGCUUUGUGUUCUUGCCGACGAUAUCUUGAGAUUAUACAACAGAAACCAGAGCCAUGGUCCACCACCGGCACCCCGUGUUCAGAAGAUAGCUUCGAAGGCCGCAAAACUAUCGAAAAAGUCAUCACCCGCUUUUCAUAUUGCUCUUGAGCUAAUUAAAGGAUCCAUUGAGCUUGAGACAGUCAAUUUGAGUGCAAGGACUUUAGGUGAUGGACUGAAGGCAUCUUUACUCACGUUUGAUACGACUGAUGGCGCAACUCUCACGAGUCUGAUGAUCAACUGCGAUGCUGUCACUUCCAUGCUGCAUAAUCAUUCACACCCUCUAGGCACGUCUCAAUUCCGAAAGCCGAGCCUAUGUGUGUCCCAUGAACUGCGGGUGGCCGAUGAAGCGGCAGCGCACAAAGUCAAGGCGACGGCCAGUAGCCAGAGCUUCACUCUUUCUGUGAAGCAGGAUCCUAUCGGUCUCAUGGAAGUUCUCGAUCUCCUAUUCAGAGAUGAAAUCGCUCAACUCUACCGCUUGAAGACACAACUUCCAGACUCGCCAACACCGCAAUCUCCAGUUGAGAAGGCCAAUCGCCCGCCCAGCUUCAAGGUUAAUAUUGCCACGUUCUUGGAUGCUUAUGAAAUUAGACUACCUUUGGUCCCGACUCUAACGUAUCAAAUAUCUGGUGUCGUGGCGCGGGCAGCGUGCGCCGCUAACUCUUCCAAAGAAAUCAUCUUUGACUUUGAUGUCAAGGAGAAUUCUCAUGAGAUGCAGAUCAAUGUCAAGAACGAGUCUCGCACUAUAUCUCUGCUACAAAUACCGCCUACCAAUGGACGCGUCACAUUGAGCCAAGGACAAAAGGCGGAAAGCAUAUUAAAUGUGCUCUGCUCUGUGGAAGUAAUGCGCCUCGAUGCGUCGGCAAUAUAUAACCUCCUCACAGCGCUGAACCGACCACAAAUCUCCACCGCCAUUGAGGAGGUUCAGCAGCAAGCCAAGGCCAUACAGGAACAUAUAGAAGACAUCUUUGGAACUAGCGAGACACCCGAAGUCCAAAAGCCGAGCUCUAAUCUCGUGUACGCCGUCCACCUUGCCUUUGCAGGACUACAAGUUGCUGCCAGGACGUCACUGAAGUCUGAUACCGAGGCGAUUGCCCAUGUGCUCUUUUCUAUGGAUAAAGCGUAUUUGCGGGCGUCCAAUCGUCAUGAAGUACACGGUCCUAUCCUCAAGUAUCCAGAGGUCCAUUUGAACCUCAGACACGUUGGAUUUGAUAUUGAAAAGGGAAUAGAAGGUAAUAUGCGAUCAUGCGGCAAUUUUGGUGCCAGUUUCACAGUAUCCGUCAGCUCGAGUCCUGGAGAUGAUGGCAAGGAUGAGUGGUCAUUCAACUUUAGAAGCGAUGACUUUGACGUUAAUAUGUCACCGGAGACAACCUCUACGGCUGUUGAUGUGCUGGGCUACCUCGGAACAAAGAUAAAGGACCUAGACACAUCGCGAGAACUUGACUACCUAAGGAAACUUAGACAAUCGAAGCCGCGGAUAUCCAUCAAUGACGACGUGGUACUACCAGAGCAUACUGAUAUUCUUGAUUCUAUCUUGGGAUCAGUUGUUUAUCGUUUCGAACUGCGUAACAUCCGUGCUUCCUGGAAUGUUGCGGACGACAGUGGCCAUCAGGAAAGCGAUGAGGAGGACCUGGUGCUGUCAAUCCGACUCAUAGAAUUCGGUACGAGAACCAAGAGGUCCGCGCGACUGGCUAUAGAAGACUUUCAGCUGCAGACCGUACCACCUGGUCAAGACCGGAAUAUGAGAUCUUUGCACUCGGCGCUUCUUCCGCAAGUCAUUUUCAACAUUGCCUAUUUUUCCACACCAGACGCCCGUCGUCUGGCAUUCCAAGCUGUGGGCGAGCCGCUGGAUUUGAGAUUGACGUCGGCCUUCAUCGUGCCUGCGGCAAACUUGGUUGAAUCAAUAUCAUUAUCAGCAAAGAAUGUGCAGCAAGCAUCACUACAGUGGAGUACCGAGGCGACGCAGAACAAUAGCAACACCACCGCCAGCAAGAAAGCUGAGAGUGCACCGACGACUGAGAAUUCACGAAGCAUCUUUGGAAACAAACGACUUGAGAGCUUGCUCGUCGACGCCGAUUUUGCAGGCGCGGUGGUCUAUGUAUCAAGUGCGAAGAGCUCUGCUCGACCACUACGAAGCGAUCGCCCAUCCUUGGCAGGGAAAUACGGCCAGUUCACUGCAGAUGACUCUGGAACCAGCGCAGUCCUACGCAGUCCUGGGCUUGCAUGGAAGGCAGAAUAUCGAGACAAUGGCAAGGAUGACCCUGCACUGUCUGGUGAAGUCAAGAUUGAUGCUUCGAGCAAUAUUCUGUACCCAGCGGUCGUUCCACUCAUUAUGGACAUCGUGUCCAGCGUGAAGGAAGUAGUGAGAAACGAUAGCGACAAUGAGCCAGCCCCGAAGCCCGAGCCGCCGAAAUUGAAGCCGGAGAAGUCUGGAGAUGAGGAUAACAUCCUCACUGCAGACCCUAGUGCGGUAUUGGGUCGCGUCAAGCUGAAUCUGGGCCUACGGAUUUGCAGACAGGAGUUCUCCCUCAGUUGUCAGCCUAUAGCUCGUGUUGCCGCUACGACAAGCUUCGAAAAUGUCUACUUUACGCUCAACACGGUCUCUUCACAAGAGCACGGUAAUUUCUUUGCUAUAUCCGGUGUUCUCUAUAAGCCACAAGCUUCAGUGCAGCAUGUAUACUCGAGAGAAUCGACUGCAAGUUUCGAAGUCGACACAGUCACUCUUUCAUUCAUGAAUAGCAAGCACGUAAGCGGCACAAGUGGUGUUUCGGCCAUCCUCAGUGUGAGUCCUAUGAAGGUCUCUGUCAACGCCAAGCAAGUGCAAGACUUUUUGCUCUUCCGCGAAAUCUGGUAUCCCAAAGACCUGAGAAGAGCAGACUCCACACCGCCAGUGCCUAAGCUAGCUACGGAGACAUCUCAGGGACACUUGGUUCAAAGAUACCAGCAGGUGGCUGCCACAGCUGCCUUCCCGUGGACGGCGACGAUAUCCAUCGCGGCCCUCGACGUCAGCGUUGACAUGGGGCAGGCGAUAGGCAAAUCAGUUUUUGAGAUCAACAAGUUCUGGGUGUCAUCCAAGAAAACGUCAGACUGGGAGCAGAAUCUCUGCCUCGGCUUUGACAAGAUUGGUAUCGACUGUACCGGUCGUCUGAGUGGUUUCAUUGCCUUGCAGCACUUCCGACUACGCUCCUCGAUUCAUUGGCCAAAGCGGGAAGAGGCCCUGAAUGAAACACCCCUUGUGCAAGCUUCAAUCGCAUUCAACGAGCUACGUGUCAAGGCCGCAUUUGAUUACCAGGCAUUUUUAAUUGCAGACAUUACCUCGUUGGAGUUUAUGAUGUACAAUGUGAGAGAGAGUAGUGACGGGCGAGGAGACCGCCUCGUGGCAAUCUUUGAUGGCGAUGCCGUGCAAGUAUUUGGCACGGCGACAUCAGCCGCUCAAGCGGUCGCACUCUAUCAAGCUAUACAGAAGCUAAUGCAGGAGAGGAGAGAGAACUUUGAGUUGUCGCUCAAGGAGAUUGAAAAGUUUAUGAGACGCAAAUCCACGGCGGCACGUCCAUCGGUCUCAGGGCCGACGAGGGUUCCCAAGCUACCAGAGGACGACACCAUGGCCAAGUCCCCGAUUUCGCUCGACACAGACGUUGUCGUGGCGCUACGGGCACUCAACCUGGGCGUGUUCCCCAACACGUUUUACGAUCAUCAGGUGUUCAAGAUGGAGGCGCUCAACGCCUAUGCGCGGUUUGCUGCCAGUAUUGAGCAACGACGAAUACACAGCAUCCUGAGGAUGACUCUGGGACAGCUUCGGAUUGGAUUAGCAGGGGUUAGGAACAUCGAAGCACCCAAGGCGCUGAGUGAAUUGUCUGUCGAAGAUGUGGUGCAGCGGUCUACGGGAUCGCGGGGUGGUACAAUCCUCAAGGUACCGAGAGUUGAAGCGGCGAUGCAGACAUGGCAAGCGCCGAAUAGCAACCAUAUCGACUACUUGUUUAAGAGCGCCUUUGAAGGCAAAGUUGAAGUUGGUUGGAACUAUUCCCGCAUCAGCUACAUUCGAGGCAUGUGGGCGAAGCACACCAAGUCGCUCGAAGAGAUAUGGGGUCGGCAGCUGCCCCUGACGGCAGUCAAGAUCACAGGUGUGCUGGAAGCUGAAGAAGGACAACGUGAAGGUGGCGAGCAGCAAAAGAUUACGGCCGAGGUGAAUGUACCACAGUCCAAGUAUGAGUAUCUCGCUCUGGAGCCUCCCAUCAUCGAAACGCCUCAACUGAGAGACAUGGGAGAGGCCACGCCACCGCUGGAAUGGAUCGGACUGCACAGAGAUAGGUUGCCAAACUUGACUCAUCAGAUUGUCAUCGUGUCGCUGUUGGAGCUGGCGGGAGAGGUGGAAGAUGCAUAUUCGCGAAUUUUGGGUUCGUCCUAG